UCAAACCAGAGUGUAUAUCAGACCCUCACAAUCGGGGUCCACUAUGCUGGGACGACUACUUCUUCAGAGUGCGGUGAUCCUUUGGCUGGUGCAGACAGCGCACACACUGGGUUAUGGUACUGCAUCUGGAGUAUCCAAUGGACAGGGGCCACAACAUAAUGGAAAGAAACCUCCGAAUGGUGGCAGACGAAUGCUGAUGCCAUCAAAAGGUGUGGGUCAGGCAUUGGGUGCACAAAAUGGAUACGGCGGAUACCCAACAAAAGGCUUAGGCUAUGGCGCAGCUGCUGGUGGGACCAAUGGAGGAGGGACAAAAGGCUAUGGAGCAACAGCUGGUGUAACCAAUGGACAAGGAGGAAAUCCAGCAGUUUUACCCAGUGGAAAUGGUGCAAAAUCUAAUGGAUAUGGCGUUCAAGCCGGCCCAACCAAUGGACAACAAAUGAAAGGCAAUGGCUAUGGCGCAGCUGCUGGUGGGACCAAUGGAGGAGGGACAAAAGGCUAUGGAGCAACAGCUGGUGUAACCAAUGGACAAGGAGGAAAUCCAGCAGUUUUACCCAAUGGAAAUGGUGCAAAAUCUAAUGGAUAUGGCGUUCAAGCCGGCCCAACCAAUGGACAACAAAUGAAAGGCAAUGGGUACGGUGCACAAGCUGGCGGAUACGGCGGACAAGGAACUAAAGGCAAUGGUUAUGGAGCACCAAACGGAAACAAGGGCCAUUUGAAUGGUUAUGGUACUACAGCUGGUGUUCUAGGUGGGAAUGGAGCUCAACCCAAUAGUAAUGGAGCUGCAGAUGCUGCACACAAUGGACAUGGAACAAAAGGCAACGGCUAUGGUGCUGGAUUUGGUGUACCUAAUGGAAAUGGGGCUAAAACCAAUGGUCAAGGAGCUGCAGCAGGCCCAUCCAAUGGCAACGGGGCAAGACCAAAUGGACAGGGGGGAGCUGGAAGUAAACCUAUUAAAGGAUAUGGACGACCACUUUAUGGGGCAGGUCCAGGCAUGGGGAUGGGAGCCUCCAGAGGUGUGGGAGUACCUCAGCUUGCCAGGAACCAAGCAUAUGGCGGUAAUGGUUAUAAUGGUUAUGGAGGUCAACCCAUGGGAGGCUACAAUGGCGCUUAUGGCAAUGCUGGUUUGGGUCUGAGACCUCGGUAUGGAAAUGGAGGAAUGAAGGGGCCAAAGCCAGGCUAUGGUGCUGCAGCUGGUGUGCCCAAUGGACAAGCUGCAAGACCCAAUGGUUAUGCUGGAGCCAGAGCCCCUAAUGGGAAUGGAGCUGUGCCAAAUGGUUAUGGCAACAUUCCAAAUAGGUAUGGUGCCAAACCCAACGGAUAUGGAGCCACCAGAGGAGAUGCACUGAGACCCCAACCAGGUUAUGGAAAUGGAGAUGCUCCCAAGGGAUAUGGAGCUAAACCCAAUGGUCAUGGAGUUAAGAAUGGUGUUGCACUAGGUGGAUAUGGAGGUAAACCCAAUGGAUACGGAGGGCCAAGCGGAGGCUCAAAACUACAAACUACCAAAGGAGUUGGAGCACUCGGCACUGGCUAUGGUGGUCCUGCUGGUGUACCUAACGGACAGUUGGCUAAAGCAGCCAAUACUGGCUAUGGCAUGAUGCCAAAUGGGAAGGGUACAUUGGGUGCAGGUGGUUCCAAUGAAAAGGGCCUAAAAGGGGGAGUUCUCUCUCCUGGGCAGCCGAGUGCAAUACCAGAGGUUGUUGCACCUCCACAAGCAAUAACUCAAGGUGCAGCACCUGUUGCCCCCGAGCCGACGAGUGGUAUCCUUGUUAUGGUGACACAAAGGAAAUAUCAAAAGCUGCCUUCACCUGUGCCACAAGGAAAAAGCUACAAACAGACACCACUUAUCCUUCAGGCUACACCACAACCAGCACCAGCGAUUCCUCAAGGCAAAGGCCCAAAGCCUGCACCUGAACCCACAGCUGAACCAGCAUCCAUGGGCCCACAGGGGAAGGGUUGGAAGGCAUCUGGACCUGCACCAGUGGUUCCCCAGACUAGCCCAGCACUAGAGCCAGCAGCAGUCCUCCCUCAAGUGGCAGCCAAAAGUACAGGGAGCAUCACCCCUGAAGAAACACUGGCUGUGGGUGUGCCUGAGGUCGCACCAGAAGAAGUAAACAUCAAAAGUCAGCCAGAGGCAGCAGGACCUGACAGGCUCGGGGUCAAAGGUCUCCCUGCAGGAGAAACUGGGGCAACUGAGAACGGAGGAGGAGCUUCCAUCUCCAAGGGACAGGGAGCUAAACCUGACUGUGGACCAUCAGGAUUACCAAAUGGACAAUGGAUGAAAAUACCAAGACCUGGUUAUAAUGCAGGUUCUGGAGCAUCCACUGGCACAAACACAAAAGGUUAUGGAGCAGGAUCCGGUGUUCCAAACGGAUACGGUGCUAAACCCAACGGACACGGUGCCAGUGCAGAGGGGUAUUCAAAUGGAGGCCAAACCAAAGGCAAAAAACCAGGUUAUGGAGCAGGAGGCUACACUGUCCCUGGACUCAGCAAUGGAUAUGGAGCUGCGAACCUUGGAUAUCCUUAUGCAGGGAAACCUAAGCAACCUGGUUACGGGCAAGGAGCGUACCUUGGAGCUGGAUAUGGAAAUGGAAAUUCAUAUGGAGGAAAUGCAGGUCUGGGUGAAGCAGGCAAGUCCAAGUCAGGGUAUGGAAAUGGAGAUGGCUACAGUACUGGUGUACAACCUGACUAUGCAAGUCUUGGCCAAGGUGUACCCACUGCUAAUGGAAAAUCAGGAAUGAGCCAGUAUGAGCCUCAGUCCGCUGGCCUCGGUCCAAAUGGAAAAUUGGGCAGCAUGUAUGGUGGAAUAGGUGUGCCUAUUGGCAGUCAGACCCUGGGAAUGGGUGCAGAGAAAUCAAACACGAAAUACGGCAUUGGUGGGUUGCAAUUUGGUGGACAGCCCUUCAGUACAGGGACUAAUGGUGCAGGAAAGUAUGGUUAUGGUGGGAGCCCCUAUGGGCCUGCUGGUGAUGGCAAAUCAUCUGGAAAAUAUGGAUAUGGUGGGUUCCCAAAUGGUGGGCAGCUUCUCGGUCUCGCCAGUAAUGGAAAUACAGCCGGCCAAUAUGGUUAUGGAAGAAUGCCUUAUGAAGCUCAACCAGCUGGACUAAGCCCUGAAGCCAAAUCUACUGGCAAAUAUGGUCUGCCUGGGUCACCAUAUCAGCCUGAACCUCUUGGACUUGGACAGAGGGGAAAAUUAACAGGCACAUACGGUGGCGGUGAAGUUCCCUAUGCACCACAAGCUCUUGGUUUUGGGAGUGAAGCACAAUCUUUUGGGAAAUAUGAUAACCAGGGACCAUACCAGUCGCAGCCCAUUGAAUCGGCAUCUGAAGGCAGAUCUGGUGGAGAAUAUGAUGCAGCUGGUUUACCAUAUGAGAUCCUGCCUCUUGAGCCAGAUUCAGCUGGAAUAUCUAAUGUGAAGGGAGAGGUACCGACACCAGCAAUUUCAGUCGAAGGCGAAGGGAUGUCCAUUGAUAGAUACGAAAAUAUGGGCUAUAUAAACGGACAAGUGCAGCCAGAAGUGGUUGCAUUUCCUGCAGCUCCUACUCCCAGCCCCUCCCUGGCCUACCCCGCUGUCACAUCCUAUCUGCCUGUGGAGGCCUUCACACCUGAUGUGGUGCCUGGAGCGGGUGUUGAGGACCUGCCCGACCCCGCAGGCACUGCUGGCCUCGCCCUCGACUCCGCACCUGCUACAGAAAUGCAGGGCAUGGCUGAGGUGCCGGAGCAACCUGAUGAGCUGCUUGAUCAACAGCAGCUGCCACGUCAGAUUCACAUUCAGCAGCAUCUCAAACUGCAUUUUCACCCACAAGGAGCAAAGAACGGCAAAUAUGAUUUGAAUGGCUUCUUUGGGAAUAGUGGCUACCAAGGUUAACCCUGCAGACAACGACAAUAUAAUCUUUUUUUGGCAUUGUAUAUUUUUGAAUGUUUCCUAAUUGUAUAUUUUUAUUUUCUUCUGUUUGUUGGCAAAUCCUGGUAUUUUGUGUUUGUUUGUAGAGAUAAAACAGCAUUUAAACAUUUUGAGUUAGGUUUUCUGUUUAUGUAUAUUUUUUAUGCACCCUGCAUUACCUUCUAAUUUAUUUUGCAUGGGAGAGGGUUUUUUACUACUUGUGGCAGACAUCUGUUUAUCAUUGUACAGAAUUUGAUUGAAUAAAACCAUCCAUGAAUACUAAA